AGCCCCCCUUCUCCAACUGCAACGAUGUCAGACAGCUGCAUGUGUGCUGUGGUACUUGUACUGUACAGUAGCUGAUGCUGACCAUGGUGAGAACUGAGAAUGCCGGUGAUCCCGGGCCUCCCACAGCCGUCGGGAAUAACUGACAGCUCGCACAGCCGUCCCUUGCGUUAGCACCUCGGAUCGACACAGGGAUCGGGAGUUUCGUCCCUCGGAUUGAUUCCGAUCUUAGUGCCGGGGCUCUUGCCGUGGACUGUCUCCCAUCUCGAUUCGUUUACGAUUAAACAUUCGAUUGUGCCAUUUUUAAAAACGACGAUGUUCUCGACCCUUGCAGAGCUCGAGGGUCGCUAUGACGAAUGCCGAGACCUGCCGAGGUUGUACAAAGCUUACAAGCGGCACACUCCAAUCGGCACAAGCCCUCCCAUCUCCCCGCAUGCAGAGGCCGCUCACCUCAUGCCGUGCCGGUCAGGGCGAAACCCCUGGCCGUGGCUACGUCGAACGGCUUGUCUGUUGCUGAUAUACAUGUCAAGGUUACUCUGCAUGCCAGCUCGGUUUACGACCGCUACUACCUCCUGGCGCACCGGGACGAGCCAUACCGUAUUGUACAUAUACAAUCAGCUCCACGACAACCAAACGGAAAGCCGGUUAACCACACCGGCGAUGUCACCACUUCCGGCGAAGCAAGCAUAGACUCAGGAGAGGCCCGGAUCAGUAUGGACCCUUUUGGACCGGCCAUCUGUCCGAUUAUCAAGUUCGCAGAAGUAAUGCUUAAUCGGAAUUGCAAAUGUCCUGCGGGCGAAGAAGAGUCACGCGCCCAGAAGAGUCCCAGUUACAUUAUAUCGGUCUCCCAGUCAUGAUCAUCUCCAAGCUACAUACGGAGUACGACUGGGAGAGUCUCUUUAAUAGUGGCAGCUGGGGCUCUGCUCCCAUUACAAUUCGGUGGACUGCGUCGCUUCGCUCCACGUUGCCGAGUCGAGAGAAACCUUCUCACUUCGGAUUUGAUUGACGUUGUCGGCUAUGUGCCUCGUUGAUUGCUAUACCACCCUCCAAUCAAGGUGCUGCCCGCCACCGCGGUAGUCAAAAGUGCCAAGCAGGUACCAUAACCUGGACACGAUUCUAACCUGGAUUGCAUCUAGCUAUCCACAGCUCAAGCUAUGCGAUGCAGCCAUUUCUUGGAGGCGGCUCAAUGCCAAGGACUCUUGCGUGACCUCCAGGAUACAAGCUUUCUGUCCCGC